AAUGUUGUGUGACCAUUAUGUCCAGUAUUGUGUCUUUAAUUAAUCAAUUGUGUGCUGAAUUGCGUUCGGACAAGGUGACUACACGCAAUAAAGCUGCCGAACAAUUGGAGAAUCAUUUGAGUUCCUCCAAAAAUGAACUGUUUGCCAAAUUGCCGAAGCGGGAUGAAAACAAUGUGUCGUGGACAACAAUAUUCAAUAGUGUCAUAGAUGCAACCAUUAAACAUGCCAUUAAGGUGGAUGAGACCAAGGAUACUAAGAGCCAGUCGACGUUGCUGAAUAAAAACUAUAUUUACAGUGCCAUUGUUAACAAAUUGAUAAAUUAUAAUUUGGAAGAUCCGGAGCAUUUGUUUAAUAAGUCCACAUUAUUCAAUGGCUUCCAAGAAGGUUUUAAAAGUCGUGUUGCUGUUCUCUAUUUCAAUGAUAUGUUCCUAGGUAUUUUGAAUCAGGGUCUAUUCAAGUCGGAUGUAUAUAUACGGGAAAUGAAAGUCAAUGAAUUUAGUCUCAUACUUUCGUAUCUUUUUGAAACGAACAAGGGUACAGAUGACCUUUUUCGCUUUGGAUCCCUGAGAGCCAUAACAAAAGCUAUUGAGCUCUCCCAUGAAUAUGUCCAAAUGAGCGCUGAUGUUAUUGCAUAUUUUCCCGAGAUCCAUGAAUUUGCCAGCAGGUCAAUAAAAGAUGGUCAACGGGCUGAUGUUAUUAAAUUGUACUAUUUGAUGGUUUCACAGCAUUCGGUUGAUUAUCACAAUUUAAUUUGCAAUGAUUUGCAAGUAGUCUUAUCCAUUAUUAUUGGAUUUUAUCAAUACAAUAUGAAGCCUGAAACAAAGAUUUUGUGGCACAUUGAUAAUAAUAACAAUGAUAAUUCCGAUAAGGAGCCAAGUGAACAAAAAUCAAAAAUUGCCAAGCCAUUGGAUAAGUUGGAAAUCAUGUUGGAUUUAGUACAGCCUCAAAAAUUAAAAUACAAUGAAAUAUGGUUGUCAAUAGUGUCCGAGAUGAUAAAUGAAAUUGAUAAUAUUAUAAAUGUGGCAAAUUAUCAACAAUUGCUAAAGUGUACUUUGAAUAUCCUUGAGGAUUAUUCGAAUGGAAAAAAUAUGCAUUGCAUACGUUUAUUGUUAACAAAACUUAUGAUCGAGGAAAAACAAUUAAUGGCCACCAAAUCUAUUCCAGAUAAUUAUUGUCAAGCGGAAUGGCAUAAAAUAAUACAAACAUUAAUAAAUGAUACCUCAUCGUGUUCAGACGUUAUUGUUGAAAAACAAAAGCUAUUACAAAAACUUAUUUCACAACGUAAAUUAUCGGUGGAUGGUUGUACAACACUUAUGAAUUCCUUUAUAACAAAUGCCGCCUUACGACGCAGCGAAUGUGUACAAACACUGCAGGAGAUAUUCAAAAAUGCCGAUCAUAUUGGUUUAGAUAAAACUUCGAAUCUAGUUGGUCAGUGUAUAACAUGGCUGUAUGGUGAUAAAGAUAGAAAUGAAGCCAAGAGCAUUUUGUUGCACAUAGAACCAAUAAAACCUCAAUUGAUAGCUGAAACAUGUGCCAUAGCUGUGAUAAAUUUUCUUAAUGAAACUUCAAUAAAGCCAAAUGUCGAUGACCACAAAACAAGUGUCAACGAUAACUUAGAAAAUCUACAAUUCAAAUAUAUACGUAAAUUUUUAUGUUUAGAACGACAUGCCAAAGCUUUAGCAAUGCUAGAAGAAGAUGCCCAAAGUAAAAGUCUACAAACGCCAACAAAUUGCCUUUUUCAAAGUAAUUAUGAACUUUUAAUGCGUACGGUUAAUUUUGAAACUACACAGGGAACAACCAGUAAAGAUAUUCAAGAGGAUUUGACAUCAUUACAAAAAAUAGCUAUGCUUAUGAAAUCACUAUUGGAAUAUGGAGUUUUUGACGAGAACUCUUUUAUGCAGUGUCCACUUAUUAAACGCAUUGGUUUCUUUUUAAGUCAUUUAGAGCUACAAUUUAAAAAUAAUUCCUCAACAAAUAUAGAACGUUGUACAUUAAGUGAAAUUCUUAAUUUAUUGGAAUAUAUUAUUGAAUGUUUUACCAGCAAUGCCACAUUGUUACAAUAUUUAGAAAAACAGCCAAUUGAGGAGAUGAUACAAUUUUUGGGUACAUCUUUGAAAACAUCAAAAAAUACCAGGGAUCAAUCAGAAUUUGAUGACUACUCCUCAAUUGCUGAGAAAAUUUUAUGUUUGUUGGCUAAAUUGUGUGGCAGUUGCACACAUUGGAAAGAAGCUUUUGAGCAUGUGGCUAAAUACAAUUUCAAUACAAAAACUCAAACUACAAUAAUUUUGAAAUUGAUAAGGAUAUUCUGUAUGCAAAAAUCACACUAUCUCAAUAUUGGAUCAUGGUUUGUUAACAAAUUGAAAACAAUAUUUAAAUUGUACUAUUCCAAUAUAGAAAUAAUGAAUACCAUAUUAGAAAUUAUACCAGCAAUUUUUGUUUAUAUACAACUAUACGAAGAUUGUUUAGAUGAUAUGCUCUUGGCCAUGUAUUCGUUAUUUAAAAUUGCCUUUCGCAAAUCGUACUCAACGAAAAUGACAGCAAAAAUCAUUAACAGUAUUUGUUUUAUUGCUCGGGAUUGUCGUAAUAUCUAUGUACAGGAUAAUUUUCGUAAUUUAUGCUUUUCGAUUGUUAAUUUCCUACCAUUUCCUUCGUUGGAUAUACAAUAUGCUGCCAUAAAUACCAUUACGGCUUUAAUGAAUAUCAACUGGUUGCGGAAUACAAAAUGUGAUAUUGAUUUAUAUUAUGAUUUUUGUGAUAAUAUUUAUGAAUCGAUAAAAUGGAAGAAACUUCAAGUGGCGCCAACGCAAGCGGACAGUGCAGACCAAUUACAAAAUGCCAAAUCGUUGAAUGUUCAAUUGUUGGUCGGUAUUUUGGCAUUCAGUUGUUAUCAUCGUGUCAAUGCAUUACAAGAAUUGUCACAUGUUUGUGCAUUUUAUAAAUUUACUGAAGCUGAUUUCAUUGAAUAUCAUCACAUUUCUAUGUUUUAUAAAACAACUACAACUGUGUUAUUGAGACCGAACAUUCCCAGUGCUAUACAUACAUGGAUAUCAAAAGGUUAUCCUAUACUAAAAUUCCCCUUUUAUCUUUGUUAUAAAAGUAAACAGGAAUUUCUCAAGGAUAAUAUUGAUUUAAUUACAACAUGUCUAUUACUCCAUAAUAAAUCGGAAGAAAUAAAAAAUUUGGAAAAUUUUGGUGAAAUGCAAGAUCUUUUGAAGAUGGCGAUGCCAAUUAUUAACUAUUUCAUAUUAGUCGCUCAAUGUCCGGCCAGUGAAAAUAAUGAACUUAACAAAUAUGUACAAAAUAUGUUAAAAUUAAAAUUAGAUUUUAGCAAGGCAAAAAGUGAUACCAACACAUGGAAAGUGGUAUUUACAUUAUUCGAGGCAUUGCACGAUGAUGGUGAUUCCAAACAGUUGGCUGGAUUUCCAAUGUUUUUACAGACACCAAAAUGGUAUAAUAUCAACAGCAAUUGUCUACGAUCAGCUUUAAAUGUUUAUAUUAACAGCAAUACCGGCGAUGCUAAACCUGAAUUACUUUUAAAUUACAUAAGUAAACAUUCGUUACGUUUGGUUAAAACUUUUGGCGCUUUGAAAAAGAAUUGCAGUCAAUGUAUUUAUCCCAUUGAUUCUUUACGGCAAUUUUAUAAAUUCUAUAAAUUAUCGGAUAUGGUUAUAGAUACCCUUACGAGUCAAUAUGGCAAAGCUUUACCACAACAUUUGAGAUGUAACGAGAGUUUACGAAAAAUUGCGUUAAAUGCAUUGGAAAAAAUCACAACAAAAAUACUUAAUAUUGAAAAUAUUAAUUCGUUUAUGGAGAAACAUUUAAAUUUUAUAUGUAAAUCUUUGGUCUACACCCAUAAACGUAGCAAUUGUCCAGAUGAACAAGAGAAAAUUACAAAAAUUUGUGAAGAUUUGGUAAACAAUUAUAAAAAGGCAAUAUUGGAUAAACAAUAUGUGUUGAAUAUUUUUGCAAAUAAUGAGAAGUUUGUCGAUAUUAAUACAUUUUUGGAGACACUAAGUGAAAAUAUUGCAGAUGAGAAUGGUGAUGCUGCUGAUUGUUGGAAAAAAUAUUUGGAUAUGUUUAUAGAGAAUACUAAUUAUACAUCGGAUUCAUUUAAACUGUUGCAACAACACAUUUCCGCCAAUAAACACAUUGUUCAAACUGAGAAAAAUCUAUUGUAUCGUCUUAUACGUCAUUUAUUGCAAAUUUUACGCCAAAAUCAAAAUGAAGCCAUAAAUCUGGAAGUACUGAAAUGUUUGGGAGAAAUUGGACCAUUAAAUCUAUAUCAAAUGUCUUACUAUUUUGAAGUUGAAAAUUCUUUAAAUGAGAAGAAUGAUAGUGCCAAAGAUAUUGAAAAGUUUUAUAAUAGUAUUUUUUUAAUACUGGAACAUUUGCAGAAUAAAUUUAAUGCCACAACACAUUUAUAUGUUCUUGAUGUGGCACAAUAUCUAGUGAAUUCAAAAUAUGGUCAAGAUUUAAUUGAAAAAUAUCCCCAAUUUAUAGUAUUUCGUGCUAAUCUCAAUCAAAAUUAUUUGGAUCUAUAUGAGAGUAUAACACCCGCCAACUGGUGUGAUAUACUUAAAGCAUGUGAACAAAUGGAUUAUGACAAGUUUAUACGUCAAUUUGUUGCCAAAAUCUAUAAGCAUUGUAAUUGGCAACAAUUUCAUGAUUUAGCAAAUAAUGAUCUUUAUUUUGCUGAAAAUUCUAUAAUACCAUUUAUAAAACUACUGUUACAAUGUGAAAUAGGCGAAGAGCACAAAAAUGCUAUUAUUACUAUGUUAGAGUAUUUUUUUGAAACAUUUCAAGAAGUUCAUAAAUCUGAUGGCAAUGGAGAAUUAAAAAUGAUUUACAAGGAGAAACGUAUAGUGAAUUUAAUAUUGAAUAUAUGUGAAUGUAUUCGUGUUAAUAAUUCAUGGGAUUUACCAUUACAACUAUUGAAUGUUGUUGAGGCCUGUAAUUAUUGCCAAGCGUAUUUUUUGUCCAUUAUAUAUUUGGAAAUGUGGGCAUUAAAUCAAAUAUCCAACGGCGAUAAAACAAAUUUGGAAAUAAUUUCAAAUGAAACAUUUCAAGAACUUGCCAGAAAGGCCUAUGAUUCCAUUGGUUGUAAUGAUGCCAUUUCGGGCUUCAUUAAUCCAUUAGCAUCACGCAUGGAGUAUUUAAAUUUAACAAAUAACUGGUCAGAUAUAUUAAUCGAAACCACUGAGACAUCGGAAAUGUGUAAUUCGGUACUCAAACGCAAUGGCAUGCUAAAUUUGGCCUGCUCUUCCGGCGAUAAUCUAAAACAAAAUGUUGAUUAUGAAAUAUGUUGGCGUUUGUGUCGUUGGGAUACUGUCGUUGAGGGACAUUCCAAAGUUGAUACCCUAAACGAUAUGGAAUAUGAAUUUGAGAAGCAUCAUUUUAAUGCCCUUAAAUGUCUAAACAAUAAGGAAGAGAAUAACACACUGGCUGCCAUUAAAAAAUCACGUCAUUGUCUUUUGAAUAUUCUCAAAGAAAUUAGCGUCGAAUGUUUACAGAGUGUUUACAAAUAUUUGACAUGGCUGCAAUUAUUACAACAAUGUGAAGACUUUUGUUUGAUACAAUUCUCCAAGUCAUCGGACGUUGAUAAUAUCUUCAAGAAGUGGCAAUUGGAAUCAAACGACUUGGAUUAUGGCCUCUUUUCUAGCAAAGAGAUGAUAUUGUCUCAUCAAAUAUCACUGUUUCAAACGGCCGGUAUAAGAGCCAGCAGAAAAAUUAAAGAAUUUUACAAGGACGAUCCCAUUGAAAAAUGCUUGCUAAAGUGCAUUCGAGAUUGCAAAGCAGCUGGGGAAUUAAAUCUUGCAAAACGUUAUGUGGCGAUGCUUAAUAACAGAUGUAAUAAUACAUAUUUGCUCAAUUUAUAUUCCCAGAUAAGUGCAUUGCUUGAGGAUGUCGAUAUAUGCAUGAAAACUGAUAAAUCGGAAAUAACUAAAUCCAUUUUACAUCAUGUAUUCAAAAAUCGUGAAUUUCAAUAUUGUUUGCAACGUGUGAAAGCCAUGCAAUUACAAGGCCAAUAUUUAAUGGAUACCAAUGCAGAAACAUUUGAAAAUGUAUUGAGAAAAUAUUUCCAAGGCUCGCUAGAUGUGUUGGAAAAGUAUAAUCACUCAAAGGAUAUCAUUUUACAAAAGUUUCCCAACUUAUUUACAUUGGAAGAGUUCCAGGAGUGCCAAGCGGAUAGUAAGAAAAGUGCCUAUGAAAUUAUUGCCAAAUAUGCAGACAGGGAAUAUACUCAGUUAAAUAAUUACGCCAAUUCCGAUCAAUUUGCAAUUAAACGGCAAGCAAUGAAAUUAAAUCGUGAAACAGCAUCAACUGUCAAUCCUCGUGUCAUGGAUCAUGAUAAACGCGUUGCUGUCAAUUUCAUGAAGAGAACGUCGCACAUCGAUGAACAGGAAAUCGCUCAAAUUGAGACAAAAGUCACCUCCAAUCUUUGUACAGCCGUUGAAAAUUAUAUGAAAUAUUCAUGUUUAGAUACAGCCAUUUCAAGUCCUGUUAUAUAUCGUAUAAUUGGUUUAUGGUUUGCCAACAAACAGAAUGAUACGCUACGUGCCACAAUACAAAAGCACAUCGAUGCUGUACCAAGUUAUAAAUUUAUAUGUGCCCUCAAUCAAAUGACAGCUCGUCUAAAUUCCAAACAUGAUGAAUUUAUAAAAAUUCUCAAGAACAUCAUGAUUCGUUGCGUCCAAGAGCAUCCACACCAAACGCUGUAUCAAUUGUAUCCCAUUGUGUACGGCUAUAUUGAUGGGACACAACAUAAAGCCGAUUAUCGUUCGAAGAUUGCCCAGGAAAUCAUUGCCAAAGGCAAGGCGAAAAUAAAUGUCAAUAUUGUUAAGCAAUUGGAAAAUGUUAUACCAGCCCUAGUUGAAUUUGCCAAUACCGAAAUGAAGGAUAACAAAUGCACAUCAAUAUCCCUGAGUGAUAAACUGAAGCGUAUGAAAAAUCUUGAUGCCAUUCAUUGUCCCACAAUUGAUUUGCCCGUGCGAAUCGAUAUGAAUUAUAAAAUCACAAGCAUUAUGAAGUGGGAAUCCCAAGUUGGUUUAGUUGGCGGUAUAAAUGCUCCCAAAAAAUUAGCAUGUCUUUGUUCGGACGGCAUCACACGGCCACAAUUAUUAAAAGGGAAAGAUGAUUUGCGACAGGAUGCGGUAAUGCAACAAGUAUUUUCUAUGAUUAACAAUCUACUGCAACAAGAACCGAAAGCUGUCCAGCGUAAGUUACUCAUUCGCACAUAUAAAGUAAUACCACUUUCAACACGUAGCGGACUGCUGGAAUGGUGUCAAAAUACCAUGCCAAUUGGUAUGUAUUUGGUUGAAGCUCAUAAAAAAUAUCGACCCAAUGAUUAUACGGUAAUGCGGUGCAGGCAAUUAUCGCAUGGACAAUUGAAAUCCAAUCCAGAAAAACGCUACGAAACGUAUACGCAUAUUACCAAAAAUAUUCAACCAGUAUUUCAUUAUUUCUUCUAUGAAAAAUUUUCAAAACCUGGAAUAUGGUUUGAACGUCGUUUGGCUUACAUUAAUAGUGUCGCCACAACAUCUAUGGUGGGCUAUAUAUUGGGUUUGGGUGAUCGCCACACUCAAAAUAUAUUAAUCGAUCAAAACACAGCUGAAGUUAUACACAUUGAUUUUGGUAUUGCAUUUGAACAGGGUAAAAUUAUGCCAACACCCGAAACUGUGCCAUUUCGCCUGACCCGUGAUAUGUUGGCACCCAUGGGCAUAUGUGGCCCAAAUGGUGUUUUUAAAAAAUCCUGUGAAACCACAAUGGCAAUUUUAAGAAAUCAUCAAAAUGUUAUAACCACAAUAUUGGAAGUUUUACUCUAUGAUCCAUUAUAUAUCUGGAAGGUUGUACCACAAAUCAAUGAUGCCGAUAAUAAUAAUACAACUGAAGAGAAAAACCACAUAGCACAACGUGCCUUAAUUGUUGUCCAAGAUAAAUUGGAAGGAAAACAAACGGGUAUAUUUGGAACAUCCAGUGUACCGGUACAAGUUGAACGUUUAAUCAAUGAUGCCAUUAAUCCUCGAAAUCUGGCUAUGUUGUUUUCGGGCUGGGACCCAUAUUUGUGAAU